GGUGUAUACUUGUCGUAUAAAAGCUCUCCGACUUUACCCAGACAAAGCCAUCGCCUCUAUCAGAUUAUCACACUUGCAUAGUUUCAUCGUUGAAUACCGUCUACAAUAAUGGCUGUAGUCCCUGUCCUCAUAGCCGGUGCUGGUCCUUCGGCGCUGGUCGCGGCUCUCACUCUUCUCCGCAAUGAUAUACCUGUCCGCAUCAUCGAGAAAGAGACCAAAUUUCGUCUUGGACAGCGUGGUGCUGGAUUAUUCCCCCGCUCGUUGGAAUUGUUUAAUUUCCUUGACGUCCCCGAAGUCGAUCAAAGAGCGAAGCCAUUGCCAUUCAUCCGUACAUACAAGCCUGGAACGCUGGAGCCCCUUAACACGUUCCCGAUGACACCAUACCAGGAUCCAAAACCUGCUUUUCCUUACUUCAACCCCCGUUUACUUGGACAGCAAACUCUCGAAGGGAUCUUACGUGCCCACCUCGAGGAGCUAUCGUGUUUUGUAGAGACUGGCGUCGAACUUUGCUCAAUUGAACAGUUCCCUGACCAUGUAUUAGCCCAUGUAGUAAAUAAACAAACCGGCGAAGACGUGCCAGAAACUAUCAAAGCAAAAUGGCUCAUCGGAGCCGAUGGAGCAAAGGGCGUCGUCCGCAAGCAACUCGGAUUGACAUUCCUUGGAGAAACUAAGGAGGACGUACGAUUGAUCACCGGAGAUAUCCGUAUAGGGGGUCUCGACAGAGAGCAUUGGCAUAUCUUCGGCGAACUGGGGAAAAAUGGCGUUGCUUUGCGGCCCACGGAGGAGGUUGGCCCCAAUGGCUUUCAGUUUAUCAUAACCGGGCCGAACGUCGGGUUUGCAAAAAUACAGUCAAGUGAGGAGGAGGUCUACAAGUACAUAGCUUCGCUGAUCCCCACCGAACUGACUUUUGAGGAGCUGAUUUGGAUUUCCGAAUUCCGGGCCAAUAUCCGGAUGGUGAACAAGUUUGGAGAAGGCAGAGUCUUUGUUUCGGGAGAUGCCGCACACGUCCAUAGCCCUGCUGGUGGCCAGGGACUCAACUCAAGUGUUCAGGACGCAUUCAACCUCGCCUGGAAACUAGCACUAGUCCAAAAAGGCCUAGCUCCAGCGUCGCUCCUCGAGACCUACACCGCAGAGCGCCUCCCCGUUAUCGCCGAGAUGCUCAACAUCACUACCACGCUGCUCAACAAAACGACCUCAGGCAAAGCCAGCGUAGAAGAGGCGUUCGAACGCAGCCAGAAGCUAUUUAUGCUCGGCGUCAACUACCGUGGAAGCCCGAUCGUGAUUGACGAGGUGGUGCCGCCGUCUGAGGCCGUGCCUGUAGACGCAUAUGGGCUCAUCCAGGAUGGAUCACUGCAGGCUGGUGAUCGCGCGCCGGAAGCGUCUGGUUUGGUAACUGUGAAGAGCGGCGAAGCGACGCGGUUCUUUGAUAUAUUCCGUCCAAGAUAUCAUACCGUGCUCAUCUUUGCUUCGGACGCUGCCAAGGCUUCUCCGAUUAUUUCUGAGCUCAGUCGCUAUGAGCCGAGCGUCUUGCGCUCUGUCAUCGUGCUUCCUGCUGGGUCUUCCGCCCAAGCAGACUCUGCUGCGGCCGAUAUAGUGCUAGAAGACAAGGAGGGGUAUGCAUACAAACAUUAUUUGGUAGGGGAUGAGACGAGAGUGGUGGUGGUGAGGCCGGACGGCGUGGUAGGCGCUAUCGUACAUGGCGCAGAAGGCAUGGUACGGUACUUUGAUGGAGUUUUCGUUUCUCGGUCGUAAUGUAGUAUACUUGUCUUCAUUAUGAACGUGCAGAAUGAUCCUUAGGCUGUAAGAACUC